ACAGACAUAAGUUAAUAUUCACCCAUUCUCUGUUCCUCAAGCGAAUUUAUGAGGGGCUGAGUUGUAUUUCUAUCUCGUGAUCAGCAAUGAAUUUAAUCGAAAUGUCCUUGUAGAGGCGCGCUUUGCCAUGAAUUUACCCCAAAAUGUGAGCCCAUUUGGAAUGCAACGGCGAACAGUAAUUACCCACGAUCAUUCAAUCCAUCUAGGCAGUUGAAUUGUCCUUCCUUGAGGCGGGCUUUGCAAUGAAUUUACCCCAAAAUGUGAGCCCAUUAAGAAGGCAAUGGUGAACGCCUAGUAAUUACCGAUGAGGAUUACAUCCAUCUAUAUAUCCUCCACUUUCGCACUCACUCAAUUCACACAUCACAGGGCCUGAGAAUUUCCAAAAAAUGGAGAGGGCGGGGCAAAUAUUGGUGCUCAUGUUGACAUUUCAGCUUGUAUAUGCCACUUCCAGGAGUGGUGGGACAUUAGGGCAUAUUAAGUGCAAUUGCCCUCCAGUAGGUGGAGGUGCAGGUGGAGGAAUUGGAAGUGGAAGUGGUAGCCCUCCAGUAGGUGGAGGUGGAGGUGGCAGUGGUAGCCCUCCAGUAGGUGGAGGUGGAAGUGGAGGUGGAAGUGGCAGUGGUAGCCCUCCAGUACGCACAGAUCCGGUCUACUCAUCUCCUCCACCAGCAGGAGGUUCAACACCAGCCACGCCCUCCCUCACACCACCAUACGGUGCUACACCAUCAUCACCCAGUACCCCCAAAUACACUUCGCCACCAGCCCCAACUUCUUUUAAACCUCCGUCACCCUCCAAAGGAGGCUCCUCCUCUCCCACCACACCAUCUGUGCCCUCCUAUGGCGGCUCUCCACCCAGCCCCUCUUCCUCUUCUUCACCAAGUGUGCCAACAUAUGGCACGCCUCCUGUCCCAUCAUCAUCAUCAUCAACGGCACCACCUGUAGUGGGUACUAGUCCAUCUCCUCCUACUGAUCCAGGGGUACCAUCUACGCCAAGGGGUUCUACUCCAUCUGUACCAGGCCUUUCACCCGGCGGCAUCAUUCCAGGCCUCCCGGGCUCCGGUACAGGCACUUGCAACUUUUGGGGUUCGCAUCCAUCUCUGUUUCCAAACAUACUGUCCAUUUUCAGUUCCAUAUCAGACCUUUUUGGAAGUGGGUCGUUUUUCCCUUCCAAAUCGGGUAAAGGGCUUACAGUGCAGGAGGCUCUGACAAACAGGCGAAAAGAUGGAUAUGGGUUGCUGUUGAGAGAAGGAACAGCGUCACUGCUAAACUCUCUUGUGAACCCUACGUUUCAAUUUCCGGCUGAGGAGGUUAAAAACCAGUUCAAUGUGGCUCUGCGCUCCAACAAAGCAGCUGCGGUGCAGGGUGCUAAGUUUAAGUCCGCCAACGAAGGGCGUCUGCACUAUUGAAUGUGCAAUCUUCUCUGUUUUGCUGCUCCUAAUACCUAUAUUUGUGUGUUUAAGUUUGAUUUCCCAGUCCUAAACCUUGCUGAGUGUGACGUAGUAAUGUAAUUAAGCUAGUGAAUUGUUGUGUGUGUUUGUUUAGAACUGUUGCAAUGCUAGUUGGGUGAGAGGAUAGAUUGCAUGUUCUGGGCUCUUUAGAGCUGUUGCAGUGCUAGUUGGAUGAGAGGAUGGAUUGCAUGUUCUGGGCCUUACUUUGGACAUGACUGUCAUCUAAAUCAUCAUCGGCUAGUUAAUGUUCACCCGCCUUUUGGAGAAACAAAAGGGUGUUAAGUGCACUCAUUCGAAUUAUUUUAUGAUCAACUUAUCUUUGAUUAAUAUAGAUUAAUUUACUAGUUUAGUAUAACUAGUUCA